CUUACGUCGAGCCGAUUCUUAAUAUCUACUUUCUCAAGCUGCACACUCUCAACUGGUAAUGACGGAACACCUUGCUCCGAAGCUAGCCACCAAUUGUUUAUGCGGGAAUUCGACAACAUCCGUGGAGAAUAACAAGGCAAUAUCCGCUUUUUGUCGAUGCUCUCGGAGACUUCUGGUCCGAUGGUAAAGCUUGGGCACAUGGAAUCCAGGACAGGCUGCUCUCAUGAAUAGAGAUCAGCCUCCCGGCGUGAUAUAAACUAGGAAGUAAACCUUGGUCUGUGAAGUUAUUCAAGUCCAUCUUACAACCUCUUAAAGAAGCUAUUUCUUUCAAGACCUGCACUAGAUGCAUUCUUCGCCGCCGCUCUCUACAUCAUCUCAAGAUCCCCGCAUAUUUUCAUCCUCAUUAUCACCAUUACGUUGUCGCAUGCAGCCGUUGACUUGACCAUUGAAUCAUCGAAUCAUCCCUACACCAAUGGGUCUACUACUGAAAGAAGUGGAAGUCCUUGUUGUGGGAGGCGGCAAUGCUGGAUUCAGCGCUGCCAUCUCGGCAGCAGAGUCCGGGGCUAAACGCGUGAUGCUUAUCGACGCAUGCCCCGAGCAUUGGGCCGGAGGAAACUCAUACUUCACAGCCGGCGCAUUUAGAACCGUUUACCAUGGCCUGGAUGGCCUGCUUCCAAUUGUGAACAAUGUGGACAAAGCCAUGGUAAAGAAAAUUGACAUGAAAGCUUACACCGCCGACGAUUUCACGCAAGAUAUUCAUCGCAUCUGCAGCGGUCGGUCUGAUCCCGAGCUGUCUCAAAUCCUUGUGCACGAGUCAAACGCUGCAGUCAAGUGGCUUGCUAAACAUGGUGUGCGGUUUCAACUUCCUUUCAACCGACAGGCUUAUGAGGUUGAUGGCCGGUUCAAAUUCUGGGGCGGUCUAUCGCUGAAGACACAAGAUGGAGGCAAAGGCUUGAUUGAAGAUCUCCGACGAGCCGCGAAUACACUUGGAAUACACGUUGUCUUUUCCACGGCCGCUAAACGUUUGGGAGUUGACGCACGAAUUGGUUCUGUUCGGUCUGUUUUCGUGCAGACUGCUGACGGUAUCGAGCAGGAGAUCCGAGCUACAGCAGUCAUUCUGGCGGCAGGUGGAUUUGAGGCCAAUUCUCGGAUGAGGGCGCAGUAUCUUGGCCCCAACUGGGAUCUGGCUAAAGUGCGCGGGACGCCGUACAAUACAGGCACAUGUCUAGAAAUGGCCAUCCGAGAUGCGUCUGCUAAGCAGGCAGGCAACUGGUCUGGCUGCCACUCUGUCGCUUGGGACGCCCAUGCCCCCCCACAUGAAGGUGAUAGACUCAUCUCAAACGAGUUCACCAAAUCAGGUUACCCUCUGGGCUUAAUGGUUAAUACAGAAGGAGAUCGGUUUGUGGAUGAGGGUGUCGACCUAAGGAAUUACACUUACGCGAUAUUCGGCAAGGCUAUUCUGGCUCAGCCAGGUCAUACAGCGUUUCAAGUUUGGGAUUCCCAAAUGAUACCCUGGCUUCGCGAUGAGGAAUAUCGAGAGGGCCGCGUGGAAAGGAUCAUAGCCUCGUCACUAUCAGGGCUAGCCCAGAAGUGUGCGAAGCAUGGAUUGACAAACCCAGGCAAAUUUGUGGAAACAAUCGCAGAAUACAAUGAGGCUGCCGUUGCUUUCCAAAGAGAGAACCCUUCUAAAAAGUGGGAUCCAGGUGUGAGAGACGGGCUCUCUACCCAAUCCAAGACCAAACGUCUUUCCUUGGCCAAGUCUAAUUGGGCUGUCCCUCUCAUCAAAGGCCCAUUUAUGGCUGUCAAAGUAACAUGCGGUGUUACUUUCACCUUUGGAGGCCUUGCCGUGGAUCCCAAGACUGCAGGAGUAAUUUCAUCGACAUCGAACUCCGUGAUCCCGGGACUCUACUGUGCGGGCGAGAUGCUGGGUGGCUUAUUUUAUGGUAAUUAUCCCGGGGGUUCUGGUCUUACUUCUGGAAGUGUGUUUGGCAGAAGAGCUGGUAAAGCCGCCGCAGCUGCAUCCAAGACAUGGAAUGAAGAUAUCCAACUACUGUCGAGACUGUAGAGAACCAUAGAGGAUUGGAGAUACAGUGCUUUGCGUCAGUGAUUAUUGAAGGGAUAAACAAGCUUAGAAUAUUUAGCUGAGUUCUCUCUCUCUAGAAAUCGCUAGAGGUUACCAAUCUUAAGAAAGGUACUGCGACGCAAGGGUCAAGACCUCGUAAUAAUUGCCGUAGGUGUCAUAUUACAACAUCGGAAAAUAAAUACCUAAAUUAUAUAAGAAUGAAAACUUCGA